AUGGGCUGGCAGCUGAGCUGUUGCUCAACCAAACUGCUCAGCGUUCCCCUGAGCCUAAAGAAAAUGAACCUGGGGGCCGGGUUGUUUGCAAACGGCAAAGGUGAGAUCUUCCUGCUCAAAAACAAACAGGGCUGCAACGCCGAAAGCAAGGGGGCCAGACCAAGAUGUCUGGUGGGGACCAGCUCUCUGCGGCGCCCCGAUGCCCCCCUGGACCUAUUCCAGACCAACCAGACGUCCGGGACUCACGGGCAGGACAGACCCCGGCUCGCCCUGGUGCGCCCUGAGCCCCGGGGACCCCCUGCAUCCUCCGGGCCCGUGCUAGACGUGCACCUCUCUUUCGGAUUGGGGUUCCUUGGGUGGGUGGGGUGGACACCCGCGCAGCGCAGGGCCACGGCGAGCUCGGGGCGUGGCGGGGCGUGGCGGAGCGCGCGCGCAAAGGAGGGCGAGUGGCCAGUGCGCAUCGGGGAGCAGGCGGGUUGGGGUCGAGGGGCCGGCGGGCAGGUGCGCCGGGGUGCCACGGGGGAGUCCCGUGAGUGGGAGCUGGAGAGGGGCUGCGUGGCACGGGGCGCAGGUGCCCAAGCAGGGCGCAGCAGAAACCGGGGUGGAAUCGGAGUCUGGGAGAAGAGUCGGGGCUGGAAGGGGGUGCGGCAGGCGGGGUGCAGGGGUCUCCGGGGUGCAGAGAGGUGCAGGGAGGUACGGGGCGGUGCGUCCCCGUCCAGGAUGGCACAGGAGCAGGGCACGCCCGCUCUGCCCCCGGCCCCGGCUCUGGCUCCCGCAUCGGGCACCCCGGGCCAGCGUCGGGGACCCUCGGACCCCUCGCCCGGCUCGCCCCCGGGUGCGGGCUCGUUGGCUUCCCGGCCCGACGUGCCGCCCACGCUGGCCGAGGCGCGCAGCAGCCAGUACGGGCUGAACGUGUUCGUGGCGGGGCUGCUGCUGCUGCUGGCCUGGGCCGUGCACGCGGCGGGCGUGGGCAAGCGCGACCUGCUGGCCUUCCUCACGGCGCUCAUGGGGCUGCAGCUGCUCUGGAUGGCCUGGUACGAGGCCCGCAGCUCCACGCACCGCCGCCUCUUCCGCCUGCGGGACGCGCACGCCGGCGCGCGGUGGCUGCUCGGCAGCAUCACUGUGUUUGCGGCCAUCACUGUUCUCCUGGGAUGCCUGAAGGUUGGCUACUUCAUCGGCUUCUCUGCCUGCUUGUCGGUCACUGAGGGUGUGUUUCCCAUCAUGCAUGCUGCGCACACGCUGUCACAGGUAUACUUCCUUUGGGGACAUGCCAAAGACAUCAUCCAGUCUUUUAAGACCCUGGAAAGAUUUGGGGUGAUCCAUUCAGUGUUCACCAACCUUCUUCUGUGGGCCAAUGGCGUCCUGAAUGAGUCCAAACACCAGCUCAAUGAGCACAAGGAGCGUCUCCUCACUCUGGGCUUUGGCAACAUCACCAUAGUCCUGGAUGACCACACGCCUCCCUGCAAUUGCACCCCGCCGGCCCUCUGCUCGGCCAUCUCGCAUGGGAUCUACUACCUGUACCCCUUCAACAUCGAGUACCAGAUACUGGCAUCUACCAUGCUCUACGUGCUGUGGAAGAACAUCGGGCGCCAAGGUGAUGCCCACCAACACCGCAAGAUGCGUCUGCAGUUCCGAGGUGGGGCGACUGGCUCUGUGCUGGGCCUGGGAGCCCUGGCUGCCACCAUCUGUGUCGUGGCCAUCUACCUGGUCCGCAUCGGCCGCUCCAAGACCAAAAGCGAGUCGGCCCUGGUCCUCUUCUACCUCUAUGCCAUGGCCCUGCUGCUGCUGAUGGGGGCGGCAGGGUUGCUGGGCAUCCGCGUCUACCGCCUGGAUGCCCCUGCGAUGGACCAGUCCAAGAACCCGGCCCGUCAGCUGGACGCUGCCCUGCUGGUGGGCACCGCCUCCGGCUCCUGGCUCAUCUCCUGGGGCUCCAUCCUGGCCAUCGUCUGCGCCCCGACCUGCCCGUCCUACACUUGGUACAACCUGCCCUACUCCGUGUUGGUGAUCGUGGAGAAAUGCAUCCAGAACGUCUUCAUCAUCGAAGCUACCUACCGGGAGCCCGGGAAGCGGGCCGAGGCAGUCCGCACGCUGCGGGUGGUGACCGUAUGCAAGAGUGCUGCUGAGUCUGAGUGCAUGGGUGCCCCCGAGGAUGAAGACGACUUUCAGGUGGCUCUGGCCGCCAAUGGGCAUGUGCACAAGGAGGGUGAGGGUGUCCCCCACGUGGCCUGCCACCCCCGUUUCCUGGAGGGCGAUGGGAAGAGGAAGCUCCUGAGGAACAUCGCAGCUUUUCUGUUCCUCUGCAACAUUUCGCUCUGGAUACCGCCUGCCUUCGGCUGCCGGCCAGAGUAUGACAAUGGCUUGGAGGAGAUUGUCUUUGGCUUUGAACCCUGGAUAAUUGUGGUCAACCUGGCCAUGCCCUUUUCUAUUUUCUACCGCAUGCACGCAGCUGCCUCCCUCUUUGAGGUCUAUUGUAAGAUCUAA